UUUUGCCCCUAUUCUACGAAAGUCUUGAUCGUCUCCUUCGCUUUUGUGGCCGCUCUCAAAAAAAGCUUCGACAUCAUUCAUUGCCGUCUCACGUAGACAAUCAUGUCCCCCAAACCUGGUCGCAUUUCUUCCAUUCUCCGUCUAUGGGGUAUGAUCUGGUUCUCUAUUUGCUUGCACUGGAAAGCUUUGACAGAAGCGGUUCGUCGAGAUGGCCUCGCAGCACUUAGCCGCCCGCGACAAAUUCGAGAUACCGCUUCAGCAAGCUUGCUUACUGGCAAUUUUAUUGCUUACGAAGACACAACCAUUGUUCCCUCGCUCGUACAAGCCGCUACCGGCGUUGUUCUCGAACUGGGCCCUGGGCCAGGCAAUCAGAUUCAUCGCUAUGAUACCUCUGUUGUCAAACACAUCUAUGGCAUUGAACCUAAUCCCCACUUCAAAGACGCUAUAGAUGCGAAGUUGGACAAGCAUGGCCUGCGGGAUAGGUAUAAGCUUAUAGUUUGUGGCGUUGAAGAUAGCGAUGUUCUAAGAGAAGAGGGAAUCACGGAGGGAAGCUUGGAUACUGUGUUAUGCAUCCAAGUUCUAUGUGCCGUAAACGACCCGAGGAACGUGAUGAAGGAGGUUUGGAAGUUGCUCAAGCCUGGGGGCAAGUUCAUAUUCUGGGAACAUGGAUGGAGUAGAGACCGUUUGACGACUGUAGCGCAAGCUUGCUGUAAUCCUGCAUGGAGCACAUUUGUCGGAUGCCAUUUGAACAGGAAUGUAUUGACGGACAUUCUCAACAGUGGAGAGUGGGAAAAUCCACAAGAGAUCGAAGAACCCGAAGAACCGUUUAGUUUGAUGCCUAGGAUUCAGGGUGUGCUUGUCAAGAAGGCUUAG